GCAAAAAUCAAGUUACAUAAUAAGCAAAAGACCGUUGGACAAAUUUCUAAACUUGUUCAUCAAACAUAACUAACUUCUGCCAAACAAUUUUCCUUUCGAUCAAAUUAAGGAAAAAUCAGUAUUGGAUUAAAAUAAAAAAAACUAACCCCUUUGCAACAAAUUCCAAAGCUCUGUUGCUUUGUUGCAAAAAGAAGUUUUUAACCUCGAAAAAGAAGAACACGAGAGAAAGAAAAGAAAGAAAAAAAAAAGGACAAUGGAUUCUGGUCUGUCCUGGGCUGAUCAAUGGGACAACAACCCCGAUCCGCCGCCAUCGGGAUCAUCCGACAAGGACAAGAAGAAGGGCAAAGAUGGAUCGAAGAGGAGCUUCGGGAAGGCAGUUUUGAGUUUCAAGUGGGUGGAGAAGAUCCGGAAGAAAACUCAGAAAGAAGAUGGGCAAUGAAACAACGCGUUGAACAAUAUGGCUUCUUCUAGUAUAUAUAUAUAUAUUGUCACUAACCAGUUUAAUCCCAUUUGUCUUCAUAUUUUCUGUUGAAUAAAUGGUUUAAUUAAUGAAAUUUUCAGUUAAUUUA